AUGAACAAAGCCCUGAAGUCCAGCAGCGGUCGGGAAAGCAACCGAUGGGCCACGGCGACACCGGGAAUUCAGCAUCGCCAGGCACAGAGAGUCGGAAAUGGCGGAGCAGAGCGACCGCGGGCUAAUUUGGUCCGACCUGACGAGACAAGAAUUGCCUCGCCAAUUAGACAUCCCCCGUCGCCCAUAAGGCAUCCAACACCAUCUUGUUCUGCUCGAAACGUUCCUACCUAUGGGGACAACAGGAGGAAUCCUCCCCUCGCUGCCCCUACCUAUGCCCCACGAGCGCGCGGAAAUGUCCCAGGUCCUCAUCCUCAACCGCAAGCUCUAAGUUUCUCUAAUGGAAGUUAUUGGACGGAGGGCCAUCGAAGUGGUAGAACCGGUGCAGAGUUGAGAAAUCAGUUGAGUUCGGUUCAGAGCCCUCAAGUUGAUCCACAGACCGAUCUACGAGAUCGCUUGAAUUCACAAAGGAGAAAUUCAGCUCGCAAUGGAUUCAGUGGCACUCACCACGAGGGAAGUCCUUCCGAAGUACACGAUAAUGGGAAAGUCCCACCAAACCAAGCUCGAUCUUGGAGGGACACUAACCCGCCAAACACGUACGACCGAAUGGGAGUUGUUGAACAGCCCCAGGGAACCAAGGACCAAACCCUCGAGAGGUUAGCCCAGAUGGAGGAGCUCAUGAAAAGACUCCUAUCAGAGAAGGAAAAAGAUGAAUAUGACUCAGGGGAUGAGCUUGAGCUUUUUUCCCCUAACAUUGCAGCAACAACAUACCCGUCGGGUUUCAAGAUGCCCCAUUUGUCAAAGUUCGAUGGAGAUGGAGAUCUGUCUGACCACUUGGGAAUGUUCAACACCCUGAUGAUGGCCCACAAUAUUGGACCCGAGCUGAGGUGUCUGGUAUUCCCCUCGACUCUGGUCGGGCCGGCUAGGCAAUGGUUCAAGCAAUACAAAAAGCAUUCUAUCAGCUCAUGGAAGAGUUUCUCCACUGACUUCAAGAGGGCAUCCUAAGCUUCUCAAGCGGCUCGCAUUAAAGCGGACUCCCUUGCAAAUGUAAAGCAGCAGCUCAGAGAACCCCUGAAAGCAUACCUGAGUAGAUUUGCUAAUAUUGCUGCGUGAGCUAGAGAUGCAGACGAAAGUUCUAGGCUCAUGGCGAUGAGAACAUGAAUUCUUGUUGGGGGCGACCUAUGGAAGGAAAUCGAAAGAAAGGGGGUCAACACCGUGGAUGAGUUCCUGAACAGGGCUCAAAGGUGGAUCAACUUGGAAGAGGCACGAGCUUCGGUCACAGGAACCAGCCAAGUCCCUGCCCAGCCCGUUGGAGCGGUAACGAAUGUUGCAGCUACGACUUAAACCGUUACCCAGAAUAACCAAGGGGGAGGUAGCAAGAGGAAGGGAAAUGGUGAGGGCGACUAGAGCGGUUCGAAGAAAAACAAGCCCAUGGAGAAGUUCAAGCCGAUCUAUACGACUUAUGCUGACCUCAUGGAUACUAGAGAGCGCAUUUUCUUGGCGAAUUCUGCCUGCCUCCCGUGGAAGAAGCCGGAGCCUUUUAAAAAUCAAAGGGCGAAGAGGGAUCCUUCAAAAUUUUGUCGAUUCCACAACGACACUGGUCACAACACUGAUGAUUGCAGACACUUGAAGGAUGAGAUCGAAACACUCAUCAGGGCCGGAGCUUUGGCUCAGUAUGCCCGGAAUCGAAUAACUCCCGAAAAACAUUCCAUCAACUCCGGAGGCCCUGGAAAAUCAGACUGGAGCUCAGGUGAAUCAAGAUACCUCUCCUCCGAUAACGGGGGGGAGGGGGGGGGGGGAGAUAACAACCAUCUCCGGAGGCCCUCAUCUGGCAGGCACGAGUAGAGGUGCCCAGAAGAGGUAUAUCAAUGAGCUGAGGUCUCACAAUGGAGUUGAGUUUGUCCCGGAGCAGCAUUUGUCUAAGAAACAGCGAUUGGAGAAAAAACCAAUCAGUUUUACUAAAGAAUACGCUAGUCAUGUCCAAUUCCGGCAUAAUGAUCCUCUAGUCAUAACCGUCCAGCUCGCCAAUCGGAGAGUUAGGAGGACACUAGUGGAUAAUAGAAGUUAUGUGAACCUACUAUUCAGGUCCACACUGGAAAAAAUGGGAUUAUCUGUGACCGAACUGAAGGCAACCUCCAUGAUGCUGUAUGGGUUUUCCGGCAAGGGAUCGGCAACUAUCGGAAUAAUCGAGUUAGUGAAAACCCUGGGUGGAGGACCGCGAGCUGUUUCCAAGCUUCUCGAGUUUGUGGUCGUUGAUUGUCCAACCGCGUACAAUGCAAUCUUGGGUCGACCUACGUUAAUGGCAUUCAAAGUCAUAACAUAUGUCUGCCACCUUGUGAUCAAAUUCCCCUCAUCUGCAGGAAUAUGUACUGUGCGAGGCAAUCAGGUUGCUUCCAGGGAAUGCUACAACAUUUCCAUGAAGGGAAAAUCACAACCCCGGCAGCAAACGAUGGCCAUACAGGACGAAGGCGAAGAUUCCCAAGAAGUAAGGACUGCUCCUGGAAUGGAAGAACCUUUGCAAGCCAGUGGCGCAGAUACUACCCCGACUGAUCAUAUCGAUCCGCGAGUAGGCGAAGACAGAUCUGAGCUCUGAGUUAUCGAAGAGCUCGAAUAAGUAAACAUCAAUCCCAGAGAUGCUUCAAAAAUAGUUAAACUCGGGAAAAAUCUGGACGAUGAGAGGAAGGCGGAGCUGACAAAAUUUUUGCAAGAAAAUCUUGAUAUAUUCGUCUGGUCUCAUGAAGACAUAGUAGGGAUAAGUCCGAGUGUGAUCAUGCAUACCCCGAACUUGGAUAAGAGUGUGCCUGCGAAGUCCCAGAAGCAGAGACGUUUAGGUACGACCCGAGUUGAGGCCCUGGAAGAAGAAGUAGCUCGACUAUUAAAAUGCGGGUUUAUUCACGAGGCUAAAUAUCCGAUCUGAGUCGCGAAUCCUGUCCUGGUCCCAAAGCCAAAUGGAUAGUGGCAGACCUGCAUCGACUUCUCCGACUUAAACAAAGCUUGUCCUAAGGACUGCUUCCCAUUGCCAAGGAUUGAUCAGUUGGUGGAUGCCACUGCGGGGCAUGAGCUCAUGUCCUUCAUGGAUGCAUAUUCUGGAUAUAACUAGAUCGCGAUGAACCCCGCGGACCAGGAGCAUACUAGCUUUAUGACUCCAACGAAUGUUAACUGUUAUAAAGUUAUGCCCUUCGGGCUGAAAAACGCAGGGGCUACCUACCGGCGAUUAGUCAACAGAAUGUUCGCUGAUUAGAUCGGUAAAAACAUGGAAGUGUAUGUUGAUGAUAUGCUGGUUAAAUCUAAGACUGUCGAUAACCAUCACUACACCAAAUACCCCUUUUCAUAACAUAUGAAUAUAAUAGUAUUGGAAAAGUAUUAUGAUACAUCAAAUAAUAAAAUAAUAGGUGGAAAAAAAAUUAACGUUACCAAAAUUUUGGAGCCUGCGUAUUUGUAAAGUUAUCUUCUACUUUUACUUUUUUAUUUGCCUCUACUUUUUUAUUUCCAAACCUCUAAACAAUUUUCUAUCGCCUACCAUCAUCGACUGUGUUUCCAAGGAAAAAAUUGUUCGACUCAUACGAUCUGAGCAACCAUGGCGGCGGCUAACGCUCCAAUCGCCAUGAGGGAGGCCCUAACGCUUCCGAGCAUUGGGAUUAGUCCUCAAUUCAUCACUUUUACGCAUGUCACAUGGAAUCUGAUAAGUACAUAUGCGUGAGGGAAACGUCCCCGCAGAAUAGUGUUGUUAUAAUUGACAUGAGUAUGCCAAAUCAACCUCUGAGGAGGCCUAUUACUGCAGACUCUGCACUGAUGAAUCUGAAUUCUAAAAUUCUUGCAUUGAAAGCUCUUGUCCCGGGGACUAGUCAAGAUCACUUACAAAUAUUUAACAUCGAGUUGAAAGCAAAUUUGAAGUCACAUGUAGUGCCUGAGCAGGUGAGACUAAACCUGUGAAGAUGUUCGAAAGAACUGCUAAUCUGGCAAACAAUCAGAUAAUAAACUAUCGGUGUGACCCUUCUGAAAAGUGGUUGGUUUUGAUUGGAAUUGCCCCUGGUGCUCCUAAGAGGCAAAAUUUGGUCAAAGGGAAUAUGCAACUCUUUUCAGUGGAACAACAGAGAAGUCAAGCUCUGGAAGCUCAUGCUGUUGCUUUUGCACAAUUUAAAGUUCCAGAGAAUGAGAAUCCUUCUACUCUCAUUUCCUUUGCAACAAAGACUUUUAAUGCUGGCCAAAUUACAUCAAAGUUGCAUGUUAUAUAGCUUGGUGCCCAACCAGGAAAACCUUCUUUUACAAAGAAACAAGCAGAUCUUUUCUUUCCUCCAGAUUUUGCAGAUGAUUUCCCUGUUGCAAUGCAGAUAUCACACAAGUAUAGUUUGAUCUACAUAAUCACUAAGCUCGGGCUGCUAUUCGUUUACGACUUGGAGACGGCUACUGCAGUUUACAGAAAUAGAAUUAGUCCAGAUCCAAUUUUCUUAACAUCGAGGGCUUCGUCACUAGGGGGAUUUUACGCAAUUAACAGGCGAGGCCAAGUGUUAUUGGCUACUGUUAAUGAACAAACAAUUGUUCCUUUCGUUAGUGGGCAGGC